AUGAACGAUAAGGGCUUUGUCGAAGAUGCUACAAGGCCUAGGCUGACCUAUGCACUGAAGUAUCACAAAGAAGAAUUAGCGACAGAAGAGCAAGAAGUUAUGGACCAGCUUUACCGCGGCUGGUUGCAUUACUGGAACAAGGAGUCGCGCGAAGACUACUACAACGGAAUGGUGGGCGCUCGGCGAUUCUAUGAUUUUGAUGACAUGCUCAGCUACGACAUGUUCGGCAACACCAUCCGGGGCAGCUUCAAAGAGCACUUUGACUCCAUCUUUCCGUAUUGGAACGACGGCAACAUGGAGUUCAAGGACAUUGAGAUCACGGCUCUGUCGAAAGAGUUUGCCUACUCCACCAUGAUACAGCAUACUUGGGGAACAGCUGGCGGUGUGCCCUUUGACACAGCUUUUAGAAGGACGGGAAUCGCGCGGAAGAACACAGAAGGGCAGUGGAGGUGGAUUCACGAGCAUUUGAGCUUCCCCACCGAUAUGGCCACCAAGACCGCCGACUUCACCAGCUCGCUGGAUCCAUUGAAGGCAACCAAGAUGAAAUAUUCAGAUGGUGCUGUUGAACCCACGUACUCAGAUGCUGAAGUCUUCAAUGGCCUCCUCAAGCAUCGUGAAGUGCACAUGUAUUCUCACAAUGCUCCUGAUAUUAGCUACUUCUAACAAGUACUACUGGGGUACAGAAAGGUGAAAUCAUCAAAACUCAGCAUCGCGCUACGUUGACCCGUCUUGAGGCCGCAUAUAAGGUACUUCUAGUAGCAUGAAUGGUCAGCAGAACCUGCAUUGGCGUGGUUGAUAUUCUACGUAAUAUCCACAAGAGUGAAACGUACCAUUCUCAGGCUUGAUAUGUUACAGAAGCCGGCCAAGACUGAGUUUUUCAAGGGAGGAACAUCAAGUCAGGCACCCACAUCUAAGUGAAGAGCGAACGCCCUUGUCUCGGUAUUUUCUGACUAUUCUGACAUUCUACUCUUCAACUGUGAAUCUCAUGUGGAUUGUUACUGAAGGUGAUGUCAUGAAGGCGCUCUAUCGCGACAUGUAGGAUUCCUCACCUGGUUAGAAUGGCGUCUUCCGUUCAGGA